GUUGUUUAUUGCUCGAUUUUGGUCUGUUUGGGGUUUUAAUAUAACACACUCCCGGCGAGCCCGUUUGCCACCCGUCUCUCUGUAGCUCCCGCUCCUCCAAACAGCGCUAUCUGAAGGGAGACCCGCCUGUUGAUUAUCCCCCACUCCCCUUUCCCUCCGCUUCCACCCACCGUCUGCCCCCACCCCUCCCUCCUCUUGAUUUCAAACCUUUGGAUGGUGUUUUGGUGUCAUUAGGAGAUUAACAUCCCUGGAGCACCAGGGGAGGAGGAGGAGGAAGAGGAGGAGGGUUGAAGGGAGAGAGAGAGAGAGACAGCAGGCAGGAAGGUUGGCGUAUUAGCACGAGUGAGGCUCUUCUCCCGCCGUCCCAGCCAUCCCCGGCUCCUCGGUGGCAGCGGAGGGGGGCGGUUGCCGGCACCGCGGGCUGAGCCCGGUGCCCGCGUCCGCGGAGCUGCGGCUGCCGGCGGGCGAGCGGCCGCGGCUCCUGCUCGCAGCCCCCCUCUCUUUUAUGAGCAGCGAGGCGGAGGAGCGGCAGCGGGGGACACCAGGAGGAGCAUUUCUUCCCCGGGGUUUAUGAAUGGCACUGACAUGGAGGAAAUACCGUUUCAGAAAGUCAAGACCAAGAGGAAGAAGUGCUGUCACUGCUGCUGCUCACCGCCGCCUGCCGCGGCAGCGGGAGCGGGAGCCGGGCUGGGGGACCCCCCUCCCUUGCUGCUGCUGGAUGCCAUCGCCUGCGAGGACGAGUUUGACUGCAAGGAGCUGGAGGCUCUCUUCCAGAGCUACAACCUGAAGCUGGAGCAGACGUCCACCCUCAAGGCGCUGGCCGUCCUCAUCGUGCUCACCGCCAGCCUGGCUCUGGUGGAGCUGCUCUCCGGCCCUAGCCUAACCAUCUCCAAAGGGUCGCACCCGGUUCACUGCAUCAUCUUCCUCUCCCUCUUCAUUGUCACCAAUGUCAAGUACCUGCAGGUCACCCAGCUGCAGCAGAUAGUCAAGCUCACCUUGCUCUUCAGCUUCACCUUCUCCUUUCUCUGCUGCCCCUUCUCGCUCGGCGCCUACGGCAUGGAGCCCCCCAACACCCCGGAGCAGGGCAUGUGGCAGCUCAUGCUGGUCACCUUCGUCUCCUACUCACUGCUGCCCGUCCGGACCCUGCUGGCCAUCGUCUUCGGGCUGGUGGUGUCCGUCUCCCACCUCAUCGUCACCGCCACCUCCGUCAGUGCCAAGCGGCAGCGGCUCUGGAGGACGCUUGUGGCCAAUGCAAUCCUUUUUGUCAGUGUAAAUUUGUAUGGGGUCUUUGUGAGGAUUUUGACAGAAAGGGCUCAGAGGAAGGCAUUCCUUCAGGCCAGGAACUGCAUUGAGGACAGGCUGAGGCUGGAGGAUGAAAAUGAAAAACAGGAACGUCUCUUGAUGAGUCUGCUGCCCAGGAAUGUUGCAAUGGAAAUGAAGGAAGAUUUCCUGAAGCCUCCUGAAAGGAUUUUCCACAAGAUUUACAUUCAAAGGCAUGACAACGUUAGCAUUCUGUUUGCAGACAUUGUGGGGUUCACUAGUUUGGCAUCGCAAUGUACUGCCCAAGAGCUGGUGAAGCUGCUGAAUGAGCUCUUUGGCAAAUUUGAUGAAUUAGCUACAGAAAACCACUGCAGAAGAAUAAAAAUCCUAGGGGACUGUUACUACUGUGUAUCAGGAUUGACCCAGCCCAAAACAGAUCAUGCCCAUUGCUGUGUGGAAAUGGGGCUGGAUAUGAUUGACACCAUCACAUCUGUUGCAGAAGCCACAGAAGUUGAUCUUAACAUGAGAGUUGGAUUGCAUACAGGCAGGGUGCUCUGUGGGGUCCUGGGUCUCCGAAAAUGGCAAUAUGAUGUCUGGUCAAAUGAUGUGACUUUAGCCAAUGUAAUGGAAGCUGGAGGGUUGCCUGGGAAAGUUCACAUUACAAAGACCACCUUAGAGUGCCUAAAUGGGGACUACGAGGUAGAACCAGGAUAUGGUCAUGAAAGGAAUAGUUUCUUGAAGAAGCAUAAUAUCGAAACGUAUUUUAUUGUGCCAUCCCAUCGUAGGAAGAUAUUUCCUGGACUGAUUCUCUCGGACAUUAAGCCUGCCAAAAGAAUGAAGUUCAAGACAGUCUGCUACCUGCUUGUUCAGCUCAUGCACUGUCGGAAGAUGUUCAAAGCAGAGAUCCCUUUCUCCAAUGUCAUGACGUGUGAGGAUGAUGAUAAGAGGAGAGCACUAAGGACAGCCUCUGAAAAACUCAGGAAUCGUUCCUCUUUUUCUACCAAUGUUGUCUACAACACUCCAGGAACUCGAGUGAACAGAUACAUCAGCCGCUUGAUAGAGGCCCGGCAAACUGAGUCUGAGAUGGCUGACUUGAACUUCUUCACCCUGAAGUACAAGCAAAUUGAGCGUGAAAAUAAAUACCACCAGCUUCAGGAUGAGUAUUUUACCAGUGCUGUAGUUCUCUCACUAAUUCUAGCUGCCUUAUUUGGCCUUGUCUACCUUCUGAUAAUACCACAGAGUACCAUAGUUCUUGUUCUCCUGGUGUUCUGCAUAUGCUUCCUAGUGGCUUGUAUUAUGUACCUACAUGUCACACGAGUACAAUGUUUUCCAGGGUGCCUGACAAUUCAGAUUCGUACCGUUUUGUGUAUUUUUAUUGUGAUCUUAAUAUACUCCGUGGCUCAAGGAUGCGUGGUUGGCUGUAUGCCUUGGGUAUGGAAUACCAAUUCCAGCAGUUCAAUAGUUAUCAUUUCUCCUGGUGGAACAAAUAAAACAAUGAAUGAACUUCCCUGUGACACAGCUCACUAUGCUUUCCUUUCCUGCGUAGUGGGGACUCUCACCUUGGCAAUAUUUCUGCGUGUAUCUUCCUUGCCAAAAAUGAUUCUCCUGCUCUUUGUUACGAUUUUGUACAUACUUAUUCUGGAACUCAGUGGUUACAGAAAAGCAGUGGGGGGUGGCUCCUUUUACAUGCGUGGCUAUGAACCAAUACUAGCCAUUUUGCUAUUUUCCUGUGCUUUGGCACUGCAUUCCAGACAGGUGGACUUGAAGCUGCGUCUGGACUACCUCUGGGCUGUGCAGGCAGAAGAAGAGAGAGAUGAUAUGGAAAGAGUCAAGCUGGAUAACAAAAGAAUUCUCUUCAACCUGUUGCCGGCACAUGUUGCACAGCACUUUCUAAUGUCUAAUCCACGAAAUAUGGACCUUUAUUACCAGUCCUAUUCGCAAGUGGGAGUGAUGUUUGCUUCCAUCCCAAAUUUCAAUGAUUUCUACAUUGAACUGGAUGGCAAUAAUAUGGGAGUGGAAUGUUUACGCCUGUUAAAUGAAAUCAUUGCUGAUUUUGAUGAGCUUAUGGAGAAAGAAUAUUAUAAGGACAUAGAAAAGAUCAAGACAAUUGGAAGUACAUAUAUGGCAGCUGUGGGACUUGUGCCUACUUCAGGAACUAAGGCUAAAAAAUCAAUCUAUUCCCAUCUGAGUACACUGGCAGAUUUCGCAAUAGAGAUGUUUGACGUUCUUGAUGAAAUCAACUAUCAGUCUUACAACGACUUUGUCCUACGAGUUGGUAUUAAUGUUGGGCCAGUAGUGGCUGGAGUCAUUGGAGCCAGAAGACCACAGUAUGAUAUCUGGGGGAACACUGUAAAUGUUGCCAGCCGUAUGGAUAGUACUGGAGUGCAGGGGAAAAUUCAGGUGACAGAAGAAGUUCAGCGGAUCUUAAAAAGGUGCAGUUAUGAAUUUGUGUGCAGGGGUAAAGUCAGUGUAAAGGGAAAAGGUGAAAUGUUGACCUAUUUCCUGGAAGGAAAGGCCGAUGGAAAUAAUGCACAAACACGGUCUUUAAACUUAGAGAGGAAAAUGUACCCGUACGGGAGAGCAAACAUUCAAACCAAACUGGGCACCAGCUGCCCGUCGGUGUCCUCAGCUGCUAGCUUCCCUGCAAAAGCUGGCGCAGGGCAGACGUCUGCCACUCACACAAAUCAAACACUGCAUUAUCUUCCUUCUGUGCCAGCUGUAAAGGAGGCAUAAAGCAAAGGAGAUGUGGUUGUGCCAUUUGCAGUGAUCUUGGAGAGUUGCCUGAAUUUUUACCAAGAGAUCAGAGGUCGUAGGCCAUGGCAUUAACCAAGGACCACUACAACCCAACCAAAGAGAACUUGGGGACUAUGUAAUGAACUCUUGGGAUGGAACAUAUAAGGGCUAGCAAUUCUGUUAGGAAAAGUCAAAACCUGAUUUUCUGGAAAUGAGGAAUAUUUUCUUGGUGUUUUUAAAGGGUGAAUGAAAAAAAAUAUGAGAUAAACGUGCAAGCAAUUAUUUAUGUGUGUGUGUAUAUAUAUGUUUUAAUCUAUAUAUGCACAUAUGCAAACAGUCGUAUGUAGACUUAAUAGAGAUUUAUAGAGAUAAACAUAAAGACAUGUAUUUAUUUACACAUCCAACUGCAAUGACACAGCAAAGAGAUUUCUCUUUCUGUCAUAGCCAGCACUGUUGGGUUUGGGAUUAGUAAAGCUGCAUUUAACAGUGGAGUGUGUGGGGAGCAGCUGGUCUACAGCAAGAGUUAGAGAAGUUCCCAGUGCAUGAGUUAAAGCAAUGACAAUUGUGUUGUCACUUAACGAAGGCUGGAUGCAACUAAAUGCUAAACCCUAUGUAUUUUGAAAAAUUCUCCUUGCAUGCUCCAAAAACUUCCAGAAAAUUCCAAUUCAAAGCAUAAUCCUCAGCUAGGAAGAGCUUAAAGGUUUGGCAGAAGAACAAUAUAUAUAUUUUUUUGUCAUUAAAACCCAAAAUUGAUUGAUUUUAUUGAAGAGCAGAAGGAUGGUAUUAUUUCAGGCUUUUACAACCAGCACAGGUCUGGUUGCUCACUUCCAGGGUUUAGCUUUACCUUUCCAAACAGGUCAAAGAAUAGUCCUGUAGUGGUGACAAACAUGCUGUUGCUAGCUUUGUGAGAUUUGUGUAUUUGCCAACACAGGCUUAGGUCUUAAUUGAUUUUUAAAUUUAUGCCACAGUUUUAUAUCUUGAUUCUACCCAGGCUCACUCUUCAAAGCUGUACAAUUAUAGAAAGCUAUAAUUCUGAGAAACAAGCACAGUCAAACUUUGCCCAAAUCAGGAGCACACUGGUAAACGUGCCAGAAGAGUGAGGCCUGCUCUUGAUCUGCAUAAAAGGGAACAUAUUUUGACCACUUUUUCCUUUAAUGCAGCCCACACAUCCUAUUGUUCAUGGUUUCAUCUUGCAACUCUGAUUGGGAUGGGAAAUGUGGAGUGCAGCUCUGUAAGCAGCUGGAGGUCAUCCUGCUAAGUGACGUGUGCUCCAUGGACACUGUCACUAGCAGUCCCUGAUGGGGAUGUGCAUGCUGAUCAGACUCACUGCACUGCUUUCCAAAAGAGCAAUGAAACAUUAUGUUGUCUAAAAACAUGCAAAACUUCCUUUUAA